AUGUCGCAGGACUGGAUUGUACCUUUAGCUAAUCCUACCAUCAAUAUCAUGUGGUCCAAGUCCUCUCUUCAUUUGGCUCGUCCUGACUUGUUGCUUAUUGAAGAAGACCUCUCUAAGACACAACCAUGUUUUCGUUUACCUAGAAUUAGAAGGGCUUCAAUUGCUGCAAAAAUGGCUUCUUCAAAAUCAGGUAAAGUACCAAAGGGAUAUCUUGUAGUCUAUGUUGGAGAGGAAAUGAAGAGGUUUGCGAUCCCAAUAUCAUAUUUGAAUCAACCUUCAUUUCAAGAGUUGUUAAGCCAAGCUGAGGAAGAGUAUGGAUAUGAUCAUCCAAUGGGUGCUCUCACUAUUCCUUGCAAUGAAUAUGUCUUUCUCAAUCACAAGAAAAUGGGUUUUCGUUUACCUGGGAUUAGAAGGGCUUCAAUCACUACAAAAAUGGUUUCUUCAAAAUCAGGUGAAGUACCAAAGGGAUAUCUUGCUGUAUACGUUGGAGAGGAAAUAAAGAGGUUUGUGAUCCCUAUUUCAUAUUUGAAUCAGCCUUCAUUUCAAGAGUUAUUAAGCCAAGUUGAAGAAGAGUAUGGAUAUGAUCAUCCAAUGGGUGCGCUUACUAUUCCUUGCAGAGAAGAUGUCUUUUUUAGCGUUACAUCUUCUUUCAAUAGGUGCUAG